AAAAUAAAACCCUAACCCCAAAGAAAAACGCGAAAAAAAAAUUUUAACUCGCGAGUCCGCGAAUUUUUUUUAUUUUCUCUCAAAACUUUAAAAAUUUUUUCAGUCAAUUAAAUUUAUAAAGCGGUUAAUUAAAAUAACUUGAUGUGUUUUACAUGUCAAUAGAUACUUGGAGGUGGUAACUGAUGAAUAACAGUUUGAGGAAAAAAAUAAAUUGAGGAAAAUAAAAUGAAAAAAAAACGAUAAAAUCGCGUCAGCGAUAAGAUAGAAGGAUUUUUUAUAAAAAAAAUAAUAAAUGCAACAAAAUUAUUCAUCACCUGAUCAUAAUGAUAUUCUGACAGACGAGCAAAUAAAAUUACGUUAUCAAGAUACUUCGUUAUUAAUUUUCAAAGAAAUUAAAAACAAAAACAACAAUUUCUUAACAAUUGGUGACAGUCGGCGGACAAUUGAGUACAGUAAUUAUGUAUUAAAAGAAAUUUGGAAGGGAAAAAUUCCUGUUUGUUUUCAAUUGAAUGGAGAAGAAGUUUGCGAACUGACGGCACCAGAUCCAUUUUAUUUAAUGGUCCCUAGACUAAGUUAUUUUCCUCUCUGUACUGACAAGGUUAGGAAACAUUUUAUAAAAUAUAUACAAGAAGAUAAACAAGAUAAUGAAAUGUGGCUCGAAUUUAAUGGAACUCCACUAAAAUGGCACUUCCCUAUUGGAGUUCUAUUGGAUAUUUAUUGUAAUGACAUCGAUCUGCCCUGGAAUAUUGUCGUACAUUUCGAUAAAUUUCCCGAAAAUGUAAUAAUGCAUUGCCCUAAUAAAGAAGUAGUCGAGGCGUAUUUUUUAUCCUGCAUAAAAGAAGCCGACGUCCUGAAGCACCGAGGGACCGUAGUGUCCUCGAUGCAAAAAAAGGACCACAACCAGCUGUGGCUGGGCCUCCUCAACGAUAAAUUCGAGCAAUUCUGGGCCGUGAACCACCGGCUGAUGGAAACCUCCAACGAAGAAGGCUUCAAGUUCAUUCCCUUCCGCUGCUACACCUCCGAGGAGAAGUACGUCCAGAAGCUAGUCAAGCCCGUGAACGAAGAGGGCGCCCGCAAAACCCUCAGACAUCUUCUGGACGAAGUUUUCUCCGAGGACAAAAAUUCUCAGAAGUCUGUUCGCACUCACGGUAUUACUCCCCCUCUCGACACCCCCCUUCAGUGGCUAUCCGAGCACAUGAGCUACCCCGAUAAUUUCCUACACCUCUGUCUCAUUACCUAGUUAAUUAUUUCCCCUCCUUCUUAUAAGUUAAUUAAUUAAUUAAUUAAUUGAAUCAAAAAUAUUCGAUCGAGUCACAUUUUUAUGAAAUUUUAAUUUAAAUUGUGAUUAAAAUAUAUUUUUAUUUUUAUACGCUUUCCGUUCCGUCUAUUUAUUUAAGGUUUUUAUUAUUAAUGUUAAUUUUUAUUGUUUUAAGAAUCACUUUAAGUUACACUUAAUUAUGUAUUUAAUGUGUAAAUAAUUACAAUAAUAAAUUAUGGCUUGAAAAAUAUUUAU